CCCCAACAGCUCCAAGCUCACCCACCGUGCAGUAAACUGCUGAGCGAUAAAAAAAAUGGCAUCAAACCAGUUCGCUAUCGCAUCUCCGCCGACGGAUGCUAUUUCCGCUCUAAAAUUCUCCCCCGAGCCUGGUUCCACGCGAUUCGUUGUAUCUUCCUGGGAUAAGAAUGUGUAUGUUUAUGACUUGCGCGAUGAGAAUGGAAACUUGAGCGAGGGAAAACUAUUACAACGGUUCGAACAUCGUGCUCCAGUGCUCGAUGUGUGCUUUGGCGCCAAUGAAGAUGAGAUAUACACGGCAGGCUUGGAUUGGGAUGUGAGGAGGAUUGAUUUAGCGUCAUCUACACAAACCGUUCUCAGCAGUCACGAAGCUGGUGUCCGAAGCGUGGUCUACAGCAAGGAACACAACCUGGUCAUAUCUGCCUCCUGGGACUCUACGCUACACAUCCAUCGCGUGAGGGAUGAUCGGAGCGCUGUCGCUUCUACUAUAAUUAUUCCUCUGCCCUCCAAACCCUUUUCCAUGUCUCUUACAGCGACGAAGUUGGUCGUCGCCAUGGCCUCGCGAGCACUACACAUCUACGAUCUGAAAGCAUUGUCUAUCCUCACAGAUGAAUCAGAAGGACCCAGCCCAAAGAAAGUCGAGGUUGAGCCGUGGCAGCGACGAGAAAGCAGUCUGAAGUUCAUGACGCGCUGUGUUGCCUGCAUGCCUGACGACGCGGGUUAUGCUUCCUCCAGCAUCGAGGGACGAGUUGCUGUCGAGUGGUUUGACCCGUCCUCGGACUCUCAGGCGCGGAAGUAUGCGUUCAAGUGCCAUCGUCAGGUUUCGGAUGACGUGGAUGUGGUGUACCCAGUCAACUCGCUGGCUUUCCACCCUGUCCACGGAACGUUUGCGUCGGGAGGUGGUGAUGGCGUGGUUGCUCUUUGGGAUGGCAUCGCGAAAAGGAGGAUUAGGCAAUAUCAGAAGUAUCCGUCCAGCGUGGCUGCGGUAUCAUUCAGCUCUAGCGGCAAAUAUCUUGCCAUUGCUAUCAGCCCUGGCUUCGAGGAUGGAAAGGAUGAUGUAGUCGAGGGGACGGUUAGGAUCUACAUUCGUGAACUUGGAGAAACUGAAGCAAAAGGAAAAGGUACAAAAUAAACCCUGAACACUUUGGACCAUUACGAAAAUAGUUCUUAUGACUGGCGCGUGGAGACUCUAGGUAAUAAUAUAUUCCCUUUUGAAAAAAAAAUCUAUAUAAU